AUGUCGUUUGUUGCUCCUCCUGGCUAUCAGCCAAUCUACGGCCCUAGAAUUCCGUAUCUGGGGCCAAUUUAUGGAGGCCUGAGGGAAGGGGUGUCCAUUUACAUCCAGGGGUCCAUUCCUGAGAACAUUACCAGGUUCUUAGUCAACCUGCUCUGCGGCGAGUCUGAGUCCAGCGACAUCGCCCUCCACUUUAACCCUCGAUUUGACGGCCGGGACAAGGUGGUCUUUAACUCUUGUCAGGGGGGAUCCUGGGGUUCUGAGAACAAGAUCCGGGAUAUGCCCUUCAGGAAAGGCCAGGCCUUUGAAAUGGUCAUCAUGGUCAAUUCACAGGGCUACCAGAUUAAAGUCAAUGGGAAUGACUUCUACACCUUCGAACAUCGUCUCCCUUUGAACAGGGUUUGCGCAUUGCAGAUUGCAGGAGAUGUUUGCAUCCAGACAAUUAACAUCAUAGGGGUGAGACUUCCUGUCCCCGAAGCUUUCAGCUUUAUGCUUUCGGCUUUCGGCUUUGUUGGGGGUGGAAUGGGAGGAGGAAUGGGAGGAGGAAUGGGAGGUGGAAUGGGAGGAGGAAUGGGAGGAGGAAUGGGAGUAAGUAUACAGGGAGGAUAUCCAGGAGGCGGCAUGGGGGGAGGAUACCCAGGUGGCAUGGGAGGAGGAAUGGGAGGAGGAAUGGAAGGAGGCUAUCCAGGAGGUGGCAUGGGGGGCGGAUAUCCAGGAGGAAUGGGAGGUGGAAUGGAGGGAGGAUCAAGCCUGCCGGGCAUGGGCGGGCAGCCGGUCUACAAUCCUCCUGUACCCUACUCCAACAUGAUCCCAGGAGGGAUGUACCCUAAGCGGACCAUCAUCAUCAGAGGCAUGGUGCCCUAUGGAGCAGAAAAAAUUGCCAUCAACUUUAAGGUGAGCAGAUCUCGGGACAUUGCCUUCCACAUGAACCCCAGGGUGAGGGAGGGCAUCGUGGUGAGGAACAGCAUGAUUGGAGGUAACUGGGGCCAGGAGGACAGAGAGGCCAGCUUGAACCCCUUCAUGGAGGGACAGUACUUUGAUAUGUCGAUUCGCUGCGGGAACCAGAGGUUCAAGGUGUUUGUGAAUGGGCAGCACUUGUUUGACUUUGUCCACCGCCUGCAGUCCUUUAAUGAGGUUGACAUGCUGGAGAUAGAAGGCGACGUGCAGAUCUCCUACAUCCACUUCUGAGACCACACACACCUUUUAGACACUAUAAAUUCUGUACAUUAUUCAUUUAUUUCAUGGGUUUUUCAGUGUUUAGAUGAUAUUUCAGAGGAUAUGUCAGCCACUGUGUUAUCUCAGGUUCUUAAUCUUCCUGCUGUGUGAUCAUAAAUCUUAAUUCGACGAAACGUUACCUCAUCGCCGGCUGUAUUGAUAAUAAACUUGUCACUUACACAC